UCAACCAAUUCAAAAGAAAGAAAUCCAUCCUAGAAUAACUUAUCAUCUCAAAAUGGUAGCUCUUAAACUAGUUCCAGUUGCAAUUUUCGCCACCAUGGUGGUCAUUCUGCUAACCAACAGCGUAGAAGCGAACCCUCAGCUAGAUCUUCUCGGCGGAUACGAUAUGAUUGGAGUGUGCAUCAACAAUUGCGCCCAGUGCAAGAAGAUGUUUGGAGAGUUCUUCGAGGGCCAUCUGUGUGCCGAAGCCUGCAUCCAGUUCAAGGGCAAGAUGGUUCCGGACUGUGAGGAUAUCAACUCGAUUGCCCCGUUCCUGACCAAACUGAACUGAAAUCAUUCAUCAUCAUCAUCGGCUCUUCGGCGUUCAACAUACGGAAAAUGCUGCUACCAAGUGGCUGGAAUUCGACUCAAGUGACCACCUCUGUUCAUUCGCUAUCCACGUUUCGGUUUUUGGAAAUGCAAAUUCGAAAUAGCUACCGUAUUUGUUGCCGUCAUCAUCGGGUGGGUGCGUUUGUUUUGUUGUUGCUGUGUAUUCAAACGUACAACUUGCUAAGGUAAACUCUCAAAAAUUAAAGAAAAUAAAGGAAUCA